AUGGCGCGAUUCAGCCUCCUGCCAGCCCUGGCUUCCGUGCUUCUUGCCUCGCGGACGCUGGCAGCCACCGUGACGGUCAACUGGGACAUCACGUGGGUCAACGCCGCGCCCGACGGCUUUUCCCGGCCCGUCAUCGGCAUCAACGGCGCCUGGCCGUGCCCCACGCUCGAGGCCAACGCCGGCGACAUCAUUCAGCUCACCAUCAACAACCAGCUGGGCAACGAGACGACGGGCCUCCACUUCCACGGCAUCGACCAGGUGCAGACGCCGUGGAUGGACGGCCCCAGCGGCGUGACGCAAUGCCCCGUCCCGCCCGGCUCGUCCGUUACGUAUACGUUUGUGGCCAAUGCCCCGGGAACGUAUUGGUACCACUCCCACAACAUGGGGCAGUACCCCGACGGCCUGCGCGGCCCCUUCAUCGUGCACGAUCCCAACGACCCGUAUGCCGGCAAGUAUGACGAGGAGAUCGUCCUGACCGUCUCGGACUGGUACCAUGACCAGUCCAUCACGCUCGUCCAGAACAUGCUCGAGUCCAGCAACACGCAGUUCCUGCCGCCGUUCCCCGACGGCAUCGUCGUCAACGAGGGCCGCGGCGCCAACAUUUCCUUUGCCAACAACAAGACGUACCGCCUCCGCAUCAUCAGCUUCGCCGCGUUUGCGUCCACCCUGCUGCACUUUGACUCGCACACCAUGCAGGUCAUCAUGGCCGACGCCUCGUACGUCAAGCAGGCCCAGGCGUACCAGCUGCGCAUCGCGCCCGCCCAGCGCUACGACGUUCUGAUUUCCGGCGUCGCGCGCGACCACCGCAACUACCCCUUCCUGCUGUCCCUCGACAUCAACCGCGACUUUGCCAACGACCCGCCCCAGGCCGUCGUCUGGCCGCACAACGCCACCGGCUACCUGGUCAUGGACCCCAGCGGCGCGUUUCCGCAGGACGUCGUCAGCCUCUGGCAGCCGGUCGACGACGUGUCCUUGCGGGCGCUCGACGGCGCGGCGGCCUACGGCCCGGUGGCGCAGACCAUUACGCUCAACUUUGACUUUUGCACCGACGCCAACGGCCUGCCGCGCGCGUGCUUCAACGGCCAGCCGUACAUUGCGCAAAAGGUGCCCACGCUCUACUCGGUGGCCACGACGGGCGCCAACAACACGAACCCGGCCGUCUACGGCGACGUCAACCCGUUUGUCCUGGCGACGGGCUCCGUCGUCACCGUCGUCGUCAACAACCUGGACACGGCCAUCCACCCGUUCCACAUGCACGGCCACCAGUUCCAGGUGCUCGACCGCCCCGCCAGCAACGCGGGCGUCUGGGGCGGCCACAACCGCACGUUCCCGGCCAGCCCCAUGCGCCGCGACACCAUCUCCGUCAACCCCAACUCGUACGCCGUGCUGCGCAUCCAGAUCACGAACCCGGGCGUCUUCUUGUUCCACUGCCACAUUGAGUGGCACGUCGAGAUGGGCCUGACGGCGACCCUGAUUCAGAGCCCCGAGCUGCUGCGCAACGCCUCGUUCCCGCAGGACCACAUUGACAACUGCAUCAAGCAGGGCAUCCCGUACCAGGGCAACGCCGCCGGCAACACGCAGGACGUGCUCGACACGAGCGACUUUUUGACCGUGCCGCCAACGACGUACACUGGUGCUUUGUAUUCGGCUGCCACGGACUGUCCUGCUCCGCUACGCGCACGUCGCGUGAGACGCCAUCUGGACUGA